UUCAACGUAAAUCGCAGAAAGUUUUUUUUUUCCAAUGUACGUGCGGUAAAAUCGUAAACGUGAUGUUCUAUGUAGAAUUGUUAUUGGCGGUCUCUGAACAUUUUGGCCACCUGAAGCUUCCUCUUACACCCUGUACCUUUACUUUGAAGUCAGGGGCCGGAUGUUUCUCCAACGAAUGUGUGCACUUCAUUAAAGGUGGCAGACGAACACUUUAAACCAUGUGGGGUGAAAGGUGGCUGUCGGUGGCGGUGCUGGCCGUGGCUGCUGGACUUUACUUCCUGCCGUCGCCCAUCGACCCCAAGCCGCACAUGCUGAAGGGGCCUCCUCCGGCGCUCGAGGGUCCGCUCGCCGCCAACACUCGCUUGCAGGAAGGUUGCAGGCUCUUUGAGGGGAAACUCCACGGACCAGAAUCCUUCACUGCUGAUGAGGACGGGAACAUCUACACGGGGACGGUGGAUGGGAAGCUGUGGCGGAUCGGCUCUGAUGACAGCCUCACCUUCAUCACCCAAAUGGGCCAGAACCUACCAGAAUGUGGAAGCAGCACGGCCUAUGAGCCGGUGUGCGGCCGUCCUCACGGUGUGCGCCUGGAUCGCCACGGUAACCUCAUCGUGGCCGACGCCUACUUGGGGCUGCACAGCGUCGACCCGCGAAGCGGAGAGAAGACGAUGCUCGUGUCCAACUCGGACGGCGCUGCCGGCGUCCCCUUCGCCUUCCUAAACGGCCUGGACAUCUCGUCCCAGACUGGGAUGAUUUAUUUCACCGACUCUUCCAGUCGCUGGGGGAGAAGACACGUCACGCUGGAGGUGAUGGAGCUGAACGACCUCGGCCGUCUUCUGUCCUACGAGCCUCACACGGGACGAGUGAGCGUCCUGCUGGAUUCUCUCUACAUGCCCAACGGCAUCGCGCUGUCACCCGACGAGCAUUUCCUGCUGCUGGCCGAGACCAGCAUCGGCCGCAUCCUGAGAUUCUGGCUGAAAGGCCCUAAGGCCGGUACCAAGGAGGUCCUCAUGGACAACAUGGUCGGUUAUCCUGACAACAUCCGCCUCAGCGACCACGGGACAUUCCUGGUCGGCAUAACAACGCCGCGCUUCCGCACGUUCACGCCUCCCUUCCUGGACAUGAUCGCACCCUACCCGGCUGUCAAACGCUUCCUGGCCAAGGUGGUUCCUCUGAGCUUCUACAAGGUGCUGCUGCCGCGCUACGCUCUGGUCCUGGAGCUGGACCCGGAAGGCCUGCUCCUGGCUUCCCUGCACGACCCAGAAGGCCGACUGACGUGGGCCAUCAGUGACGUGUUCCAGCACCGGGGGCGGACCUACCUGGGCAGCACCGACCUGCCCUUCCUGCCCGUCCUCCACAGAGCGUGGGAUGGCUGAUGCUGGGAGACCAGAGUGAAAGUAAAAAAAAGGUUGCAGGUUGGUUCCACGUUAAAAUCUCUAAAAACACCAAAGUGGAGCACAGAAAUGUCAAGCAAAACAAUAAAACGUUGUUAAGCACCUUGUCUCAUAUCUGAAAUAUCUUUAAUUUGCACAAAAACAUCAAAGAAGAGGAAAAGUGCAUCAUCAGUUCAAGUUGAUCAAGAACAAUAAUAAUUAUUUGAAAAGACGCCAAAAGAACAACUCAGUCUUCACUGACAGACAAUUUUCUUCAGCGUUCAGCAUCGUUUUUCCGCUCAGGGCUUCAAUCAAACACCAAAAUACGGCAACACGCUCAAAGUUGCAAAUGAAAAAAUAAGCAAAAACAAAACAAUCUAAAACACAGUCGCUGCAUGUCCAACGUAGGAAGUUAGCUAGUUAGUGAAAGCUCCAAGGGAACCCUUUGCUGAGCAUACAAUCAACUGUACAUGUAUACAGUAUACAGUAUGAAUACUCACAGUAGUACUUUUUGUUAUUCCACACAAUUCAGGGCUGUUUCUCUCUCACCUUCUUUAUCAAAACGCUGGCACUUGCAACUUUCCUGGGCCCCAUGGUGGCUUAUUUUGCAGCAGUGAAUAAUUACAAAUAAACCCCACCACAAGGCGUGGGGAUUCUUUGUUUGCGCGCUCGAGUCCACGGAAUGACACGCAGGCAAAACGGACUAGUUUGUUUGGCCGGAAGAAAAGCGAGGCAUAGUUUUGGCAGCAAUUUUAGUAGUAAAGCAAAUCUUACGACAACGAGGUACCCACUGCACAGCCAAACCUACAUAUCAAUGCCCCCCUUUUCUCAUGAUUCUGUUAAAAUGUUUGCAAUAUUGAGCGUAUCAAACUUGUCUACUUUAUUAACAUUCUCCCAUUUCAUUUAGGAAUUUAAUUUUUCUAAUUUAUUUUGUACUGUAACAUGCUUUGCUUAAUUUGAUUUCUUUUUAAACUUGAUUUAAAAAAUAUUUUUCUAAUUGAUUUUGUACUUUAACUUUCCUUACUUUUAUUUACAAUUUUGUUUCUUUUUAAAUUAGAUUUUUAAAAUAUUUUGUACUUUAACAACAUUGGUUUUUUUUUUUAAACGUUUUCUUAUAAUUUAAUUUUAUUCAU